AAUACUCCAUCUACUGUAUGUGAGCUGUGCACAAAUAUUCCAUCUAUGUGUGAUGAACCAAGCUUCAUCUUUUGCCUCGCCCUUUCUGUAAUCAGCCUAUGAGCGAUGCUGUUGUGAAACUAGUUGAGAGACGCCGCCUAUUGCAGUCUGUAUAAUCAAAGAAUAAAGAGUUUACAAUUUCGAAAAGGCCGAAAUUGAUGUAGGCUUCAACAGAAAAUACUGAGCAGCAGAUUUAAAGGAUUAGGCUACACUUCAACAGGGGAGCAUUUGACCUAAGUCAACAAUCAUUCCAAUGGCCCGUGUAGCCACAGCCACUGUUUUAUUAUUGCCGUUCAUACUAACGUUUUUAUGUGUGGUGGCAGCAGAAGGCGGUGGGCUGAAGCUGAGAAGACAGAAGAGAGAAUGGAUCAUUCCUCCUCAGAGGUUGAAGGAGAAUGUAGAUUACACCAGCCAAGAGUACAUCGCAAAGAUUCGCUCUGAUGAGCAGUACACGUCAAAGGUGACUUACUCACUGACUGGGAUCGGUGCAGACCAAAACCCCAGGAGCCUAUUCACUGUCAACCCAAAUACAGGCCUGGUCAGAAUCAAUGGAAUUCUGGACAGAGAGAAGAUACCUUCCUACCACUUACUUGGAGUAGCGACAUACAACAAUGGAAGCAGAGCAGAGAAGGACAUUGACCUGCGUAUUUCCGUUGAGGACCAGAAUGACUGCCAACCAGUGUUCGUCUUUGGCCAAUCUGGAUCUGUUAAUGAAUCCAGUGCUGCAGAAACCGUUGUCAUGAAAGUUUUAGCCACAGAUGCAGAUGAAGUGAACACGCUACACUCUCAGAUUUACUAUAGCAUAGUGCAGAAGAGUUCUUCAGAUAGCAUGUUCGCCAUCAACUACCAGACUGGAGAGAUCAUGGUUCGCCAGACUACGCUGGACAGAGAGACCCAAGACACCUACACCCUGACUGUAAAAGGCUCAGACAUGAACGGAGCAAUGGGUGGAAACUCAGGAACAGGACAGGUGGUGAUUAAAAUCCUGGACAUCAACGACAACAUCCCCACCCUCGAGAAAGAAUAUUACGAGGGGAGUGUGUUGGAGAACACAGUCAAUGUGGAGGUGCUGAGGAUCAAAGCCACUGAUCUGGACCUGAUGUACACUGAGAACUGGCUGGCUGUGUUCACCAUCAUCACAGGCAACGAAGCCGGCUACUUCACUAUCACUACCGACUCCAAGACCAACGAAGGCAUUAUUAUGAUAACCAAGGCACUGGACUAUGAGGAGCUGAAAGUGCUCAACCUUGCAAUAAGUGUUUCCAACAAAGCAGUGUACUACUUUGGCUCCUCUUCUACGAGUGGAGGGAUAGGAGGAGGAGGGGUUGCAGGCAGGGGUAUGACGGGCGGUGGUAUGACGGGCGGUGGUAAGACCUACCCCAUCAAGAUAAAUGUGAUCAACCAGAAAGAGGGCCCCAAAUUCCAGCCAAUGGUUAAAGUGGUGACCAUCUCUGAGGACUCCACCACAGUCACCAUUAACAAGGUCAUCACGACCUACGCAGCCAUCGACAGUGACACACUACUGACUGCUAAAAAUGUUAGGUAUGCCAAACAAUCUGAUGUAGACAACUGGCUGAUCAUUGAUGAAAAGACAGCAGAGAUCAAGCUGAACAAAGUGCCUGAUCGGGAGUCCAAAUACCUGGUCAAUGGAACAUACUACGCCAAGAUAAUAGCCAUCACAACCGAUCUGCCAUCCAAAACGGCCACAGGGACAAUAGCUAUCCAGGUGGAGGACUUUAACGACCACUGUCCCAUACUGACAGCUACGGCUACGACCAUGUGUCUGGGGGACACCACUGUGUAUGUCAAGGCUGUGGAUGGGGACACCUUCCCCAACGGAGCUCCCUUCAACUUCAGAGUGAUUCAGGGGGACAGCAAACAGAAGUGGACAGUGGAGCACCUCAAUGCUACCACUGCCAUUUUACGAGACCAUGCCCACAUGUGGCCAGGUCACUACAAGGUUGCUGUGGAGAUCAGUGACCAGCAGGGGAAGGCCUGUGCUGACAUCCAGAUUCUGAACGUGGAUGUGUGCACCUGUGAUCAGGUCAAUAAGGUCUGCUUCGCCCGGGAGAUGGGUAAGGACGUCACAUUAGGAGCAUCUGCCAUCCUGCUGCUCCUUCUGGGCCUCCUGCUGUUGCUGCUGGUGCCCCUCUUGCUGCUGUUCUGUCUGUGUGGAGGAGUGGCAUCCAUAGGUGACUUUAAGGCCAUGCCAUUUGACACUAAAGAACACCUGAUUCCAUAUCACACCGAGGGACAAGGAGAAGACAAGGAAAUUCCACUCCUGCAAAUUCCUGUGGCGAUAGAUGGCUCCAUCAAAGUUGUUGACUUGGAAAACAACGUGGUGGGAAUGGGAUUAAUAAGAGAUGCAGGGGCUGCAGGAGGAUCAGCAGGAGGAGUGUUCGGGGACGGCUUCACCCAGUCCGCAAUAAGUACAUGGGAGCACAACCAUUCCCAUGGCUCACACCAGCCCAGCGGAAGAGUGAAGGUGAGCUACGGCGUGGGUGGAGGAACCAUGACUGGACAUGAACACUUCUCCAGAUAUGGAGCUGGAGCUUAUGACGGGAUCGCUCUCUCCGAGGGAGACCUAGAGGAGUACUACUCUGCAAAGGCCAAUCAUGCUGCGCAGAACGACCAACAGAGAGAUGACCUACUGAUCUACGACUACGAAGGUCAGGGGUCACCGGUAGGAUCUGUUGGCUGCUGCAGCCUCCUGGGGGCCGAUGACGACCUGGACUUCCUCAACGACCUGGGGCCCAAGUUCAACACCCUGGCCAAGAUCUGCCAGGGGUCAAUAGCUAUGGAGGCGGAGACUGUCAACAUGUCUGUGUCAUCCCCUAGACCUAGGCCUACCACAUCCACCCACACAGAGGUCAAUAGAGACACAGCUCUCAAUGUCAAUACCCUGAACACCUCAUCCUCCACCUCCUCCACACCCCUACAGGAGAACCUGGUUACUCGGGCCCAAGGAUCAGCCACCAUCCACAAGGUUCAGGAGAACAAGGUGAUGCCCAACAAGACCCUCUUCAUCCAGCAGCCCCCUAUGUACUACGCUGCUGCCCCCACCAUGUACAUGGUGGAGCCCCAGCCCCAGUUGGUGCUGGUGGAGCAGAGAGGGGGAGGUGGUUAUGUCCGUGCCCAGCAGGCGGUAAGCCAGGUGGGGGUAGGGAUGGGUCAGGGGGUGGUGCAGGUAGGAGGGCUCCAUGGUUCUCAGGGCAUGAUUUUACUGGAGAGGCAGGUAGGAGCAGGUGGUAGUGGGGAAGGACAAGGUCAUGUUGUUAUGGGGGCAAGCCAGGUCUUACAGGGAGCGGGCCACACUAUUUUGGGGGGAGGUCACAUUAUUACAGAGACGAGCCAAACCAUUACACGGGGAGGCCAGUUUCUACAGGGGGCAGACCAGACCAUGGUCGGAAAAGGCCAUCUAUCGCCAGGAGGAAACUUCUCACAGGGAAGCCUGUCCGGGUCCAGGAAAGUGCUGGUUGUUGAGAGCGGGUCUGGGUCAGCCUCGGCAGCAGAGUGCAGCGCAGGCUUGGGGGCUGCCCAGGUCACCAUGCUGCAGAGAGGCCAGGGGUUAGAGGUCAAAUGUCAUAGUGUAGAAAUGAGAGGUCAGGGUGAUGCUUCCUCGUUGAGCUCCAGCUCCCUGUGUGGCACGGCAGGGUCAAACGAGGCCUCUGCUACUGCUGUCAAAGUCACCACCACGCCCACAUCUGCACAUUGUAGCAGCAGCCACACAGCUGUGGUGCAAGAGAAGAAAAUAUCUGUCACUGAGAAAUACGUUGAGACCAGUACUAUAGCGUAGAAAAACUGUGGGUUUAAAGGUGAUUUCUAGGGAGAGAGAAAGAGAUAGAGGUACUGGUGCUUUCUGCUGGUCUGAAAUACAGGAAUUCUACCCAUUGUUUGUUAACAACUCUUUUAUAACACUUUUAGUUUUUAUUAUCACGAUUACCAGAUGGUAUAUAAUCCUAAAUAUGAUUCAUUGAUACAUUGUGAAUUAAUGAUUGAGUUGAAGAUACUUGAUUACAGAAGAAGAAAUUGAAUAAAAAAUAAUGAAUUCAUGGAAUCGAAUCAGUAUUUGAAAGGAGUGAAAUAUUUUUCUAAACAUUCAAAUGUUGUGGUGGGUGAUGUAUUAAUUGUUCAGGUUAGGAAAUGUGUCUAUCUGUAACGGCGUUCGUCUGUUGAAAGAAGAGAGUCGGACCGAAAUGCAGCGUGUUGGUUAUUCAUGACUUUAAUGAAAGAACGCGGUACAUGAAAUAACUGAUACUAACUACAAAAACAACAGAACGGAACGUGAAACUAAUUACAGCCUAUCUGGUGACUACAACACAGAGACAGGAACAAACACCCACGAAAUACAAAGCGAAACUAUGGCUCCCUAAAUACGGUUCCCAAUCAGAGACAACGACAAGCACCUGACUCUAAUUGAGAAUCGCCUCAGGCAGCCAAGCCUAACAACACCCCUAAUCAGCCGCGAUCCCAAAUAAUACAAACCCCAAUACGAAUACAACAUAUAAACCCAUGUCACACCCUGGCCUACCCAAACAUAUAAAACCACAAAAUACAAUGACCAAGGCGUGACACUAUCUUUGAUAAAGCUUUUUUUACUGAGAUUGUCAAUUCUUGAUGUAAUUCAUAGUUCAGUAGGUCAAGGUUUCCAAGCGGGACAUACAAAAUUAUUGUACCAGAGAAGUGUGGGACCCGUCAAAAAGACACUAUUUUUCUGUUAUAUUUUACAUUUUAAGCCAAAGAGUGUAUUGUUUUUCUGUUGGGUCUCAUAUGCAUUAAUUUAUCCCAUGAUUUAAGUUAUUGAUGCAUAGGUAAUAUUAUUUUGGGAAAAUGUACAUUAAAUGAUGCCUAUAUUUUUGUUAAUCUCAACAUUCGAGCUAAAAAUAGAGAUUAUGUAAAAUGCUUACCGUGGGCUUGGCUUAUACACUGAUAUGCAUUAAAGCAGGGGUGUCAAAUGUGUUUUGCCCCUGGGGCCACAUUCACUAUUCAACGAGGUUCGGGUGGCUGCAUUGAAAAUGUGUUAUAUUUCUCGCCGUGAAAAUGUUUUUUUUUUUCUCUAUCCAUAGUUUGGGGAAUUUUCAAUGCUCCCUGACUGUCUUUCAUUUCAGUGAUUAUUAGCGAGCUGGAGACAGUCACGUUUCUGUAUGAAUGUAGGUCCAUUAUCAAUUCUACACAGUUUCAAUUUGGUUUUAGUCAUUUUAAUGUAUAUUGAUAACAUACUGUGUUAUCAAUAGUUCGUAUCCCCCCACAAAUGAUAUAUAUAUAUAUAUUUAUUGUUGUUUUUUUUACUCAAAGAACCCGUGGGCGUUAUGCUAGACACCCCUGCAUUAAAGUUUGAGAUUGAUGUUGA